AUGGAAGAGGCUUUCAAUGCAUUCUACAGGACCCUAGAUCCAAAAAAAUUCAAAUAUUUUAUCAAGGGCGAAUAUUACUACAUAUACAAUACAGACUUGGACUAUCUUCCGGCCGAACUCAGACCUAGAAGUGAGAAAAGCACGUUUGUAAGACUACAGAGCGUGGAAAAUGUUGUUAAAGAAAUGCUAAUGGUAAAGAAAGUUCCCGUAGAGGAAUACUGUGAAUACACACUAACGAAGAAGGGAUUCCCCGGCAACCACUGCGACUUUCUAGAUAUCUGCAUCGGAGAUGGAAUUCCUCCAACCGUCUUUGCUGUUGUAUUGAUAGAAAAUUCAGAAAUUGAUGUUUCGUUUAUAAAAGAUUCAAAGAUACUUAAAUGUAAAUUUCAUGAUGAUGAUCUGCUAAGCAAUCUCUUUUCACUUUGUAGUUCAAACAACUGCAUUGAAAUUGUGUUUAACAAGGCCUUACCCAAUAACUCAAGCCUUGAGAGGAUAUUCAACAACUGGGGAAUAGCAUGCAUCGAAUCAAAAUGCAAAACCAGCGAAGAGAUGAUUAAAAAGUAUAUGAAGAUGGACCUUGAGGUUGCAGAGUUCGCAAAAGAGGACUGUUGUGUAGUAAACAUUGCUGAUUUCGAUCUGGUUGAUUUUGGAUUGGCUACUCAGCAGGGAAAGAGGCUUCUGAAUCAAUGGAUACGUAGUCCCUGCUUGAAUCAAUCUGAAAUUAAUAGAAGACUGGAUCUUGUCGAAAGCUUUAGCAGAAUUAAUAUUUCUGUUUGCAAAUUUAUUGAUUUGAAAAGAAUCAUAGCGAGGAUAUGCAGCAGAUCAAUUACUACUCAGGAAACUGUCAAGCUUUGCCAGACUCUUGACCAGAUUGAAGGCCUGAUCGGUGCAUUCAAAGAUAGUGCCUGUUCAAGCACUGGUUUGGUUGUUGAUAGUUUCAUCAAUCCACUAGAGAGCUUGAAGACUCUGUUCCUACCAGCUACCCAGCAAAUAAAAGACACCCUUGAUUUUAAUACUUCACGUGUCCAUACAUGUCUUUCUGAGGAUCUUAAAGGACUGGAAAAUCAAAAAUUUGAAAUUUUAGCGGAGAUUGAAAAGGAGUUUCUAAAGGUAAAGAAAGAUUAUCCGCGUGUUUCAUUUUCAAACAAACACUUUAAGAUAUCCAGACUUGAGUACAACCAAUCUGACUUUGACUCCAAGAAAUACGUAGUCGCUUCUAUGCUUAAAACAGGUGUGCUCUUCCUCACGAAAAAUUUAUCAGACCUGAAUGAAAAGAUUUUGGCAGUCGAAAGCGAAAUCACAAAAAUCGAAAACCAAAUUUUUCAAUCACUAGCCAGUACUUUGCUGAACUUUACAAGUUCACUGGAGGCAUUUAACUAUCUAGUUGCCUUGAUUGAUAUUUACAAAGCAUUAUCAUCUAAAGUCGGCUCAGAUCUGUAUUCAAGGCCAGUAUUUAGCGAAACCAUAUAUGAAGUUGAAGGCAUGCACCAUCCACUAUUAGAGCACAAGGACUGCAUUUUGAACAGUGUAAAGUUCACCAACAGUGUCUGUAUACUGACAGGCCCCAAUAUGGGCGGGAAAAGUACAUUCAUCAAGACGCUUGGCAUUGUUAGUUUGUAUGCACAGAUAGGCUGCUAUGUUCCUGCACAGUCUGCAACCUUGCCCAUAUUUGAUAAAAUUUUUUUCAGAAUCGGCGCCAAGGAUUACACCAGUCAAAAGCUAUCCACUUUUAUGGUUGAGAUGACAGAGUUGAACAGGAUAUUGAGAACAGCCACGCCACGAUCCUUGAUUCUUAUUGAUGAGCUUGGACGAGGAACUUCUGCGUCUGACGGUCUGAGUCUUGCAUUAGCAGUGCGCGAUUACCUGAUUAAACUUGGCGCAAAGGUUGCCAUGGCAACUCACUUUAGCGAAUUAGGAAAUGAGGCAACAAUGAAUAAGAAAAUGUGCGUUGAGGGCAAUGUUCUAACAUAUAAGGUUGGAGACGGCAUUUGUGAUCUUUCGUUUGGAAUUAAUGUUGCAGAGCUGGCUAGAUUCCCAGAACAGGUAGUAAAUAGUGCAAGAAAGUAUUUAAAUAAUUAA